AUGUAUGCAUGUUCCUGUUAUACAUGCAGGGGAAGCGUGCUGGGGAUUGUGGGGUUAUGUGGUGCCGGUGGUGGGAGGUGUGAGGAACUGGUUAAUCGGAUUAAAGUGAAUUUGGUUCAAAUUGAGGCUUUUGACAGCAGAGUUCUGCAUUCCAUCACAAACAGUCGACCACAGCAGACCUUCGCCCGCAGAAACACAGCCAUCAUGCCUAUCGAUCUGAAUGGAUAUUGGAAAAUGAUUUCCAGCGAUAACUUCGAGGAGUACCUGAAGGCUCUCGAUGUGAAUGUCGCCAUCAGGAAAAUCGCAACCUUGCUGAAGCCUGACAAGGAAAUCAGCCACGACGGCGACCACAUCGUCAUCAAGACCCUCAGCACCUUCAAAAACUACAACAUGGACUUCCAUGUGGGCAAAGAGUUCGAGGAGGAUCUGUCUGGAGUGGACGACAGGAAAUGCAUGACCACCAUCACUUGGGAUGGAGACAAGCUGGUGUGUGUGCAGAAGGGGGAGAUCGAAGGAAGAGGCUGGAGCCACUGGGUGGAAGGAGAUGAGCUUCAUUUGGAGCUGAGAGCCGGGGGAGUUGUUAGCAAGCAGGUAUUCAAGAAGACCUAA